CGAGAAACAAGUCAAUCUUCAAUUUCUUCCUGCCAAUCCAGCAAAAUCAAACAAAAAUACACAACUACCUAGCUAUACAAGAAAGUACAACCAUUCUGAAGUUUCAUAAUAAUCAGGUAUUGAUUCGAAUCUUAACGGCAGACACUAAAUUUAAACGAGAUACUUUAAGCAUACGUGACUUUCAAGUUCUUCAUGUUCGAUAAUCGAAGUUUCCACAUUUGCAUACGUAAUGGUCUCGCAACGACGAGAUAAUGGACAGUUCUACAUAGUACCAACACGCUCAGUAGUUUCUUGAAAACUGCAAAUCACCAAUUAGUUCUGUUUUAAAAUUAUAACUACCCUGAUCCUUUAUUGUGGAAUCUUACGCAUUGAACUGACACGAUUAGUCAUGUUCAUGAUUCAUAUUAUUAAAGGAAUUGAAAAAAUAUCGUCAAAAGGAAUUCUUGAGGUUCGAUAAGUCAUUACCUACAACUUCCUUUGUUGUUGCUGAUUUACAAAGAAUGUGUAGUAGGUAAGUAGGUAACUGCGAAAUGAAACACUUUUAUUUAUCAUCAUCAUCAUCAGCUUUUUAAUAUUGCCACUGCUGGAGCAGGCAUUCCAAAUGGAUGGAAUAGGAAGGAUAGCCAUGAUUCCCCACGAAGGCUCAGUGCGGACAAGUUAGUUAUAAUAAAUUAUUGAAAACUUAAUUUUGAAGAUUUUAGUUAUAUAUCUACUGAUACUUCGAACAUCAAUAAAAAUCAAACGUUCUACUAAAAAAACUGUUUUAUCAAUAGAAGCAUACGUGUUUUGUGGAGUGUGAAUACUGUGGACUAAUAUUAAUGCAAAGCCGAUCACUUCUAACGUCAAACGCAACUUCUUCAACCCUCCAGCCAUCGAUUGUGCCAAUUUAAUAAAAAUCCUAUUCCAAUUAAUCCCAUUGAAACGGUGUGACGAAUACUCACUGGUCAUGAAUCACGCGCACUCCAGUGCACCCAUACGAGUCGUGCAGAUAAGGAGGGUGGGCUUAUGAAGCCCGACGGCCGUGGGUUUUCAAUUUCCGCUGCCUCCCUCCGACGACCCCAGUGUACCCCCUCGCCCGGGGUAAUGUUAAUAAAAACGAAACGCUGAAUAUUUAUCCAUGGAAUGCUGCGCCUGGUGGAUCUAAAGGGUUGUCGACUCUGCAAAGUUUGAUGUUUCCUAUUCGAGUUGGGUAUUUUGGUGAAACACAGUGAUUGAAUUCUGGCCUUUACUUUAAUCUGCUUAUUCCUUUUUAUAUUCCUUUUUGCUUUCAUUACAACUUUUGUAUAUUUUGUUUUUUUUUACCGACUUCAAAAAAGAGGAGAUUCUCAAUUUGUCAGUAUAAUAGUUUUUUUAUCAUGUUUCGCACAUGUCCUAUAUUUGUGUCGAACUUUUUUGUUUGGAUGAUUUGUAACAGAAUUUUUCCAUAUUAUUUUAAGAUGAUCUGAGGAGUACUUUCGAAGACAAACAAUGUAACUCCUCAAUUAGAAACAAUACAAAUAUUGUGUUUGGUAAUUUUAAGAAAAUUCAAGAGGGAAUACAGGUUAUGUUAGUUCAUGUUGCGCCAAUGUGGCUUAUAAAGGGAGAAAAAUUAAAACCAACUUCAUAAACAGAAAUCCACCAAAAAGUAAUUUGUAAGGGAAAGACAAAGAAGAAAUACAAGGAUGAAAUCAUUUAAAGAACUCCAAAAACAAAAAGCGAACCAAACUUAUUUAAAAAUCAACUUCUUUGACUUCUUCUUCUUACUUUUUCAAUAUAAUAUCAAUUUAUGGGGAAAAGUAAAUAUUUUAUAUCGAAAAAAUUGAGCCUGUUUGGAACAUAUGAAGUGUGGGAAGGUCGCUUUCGCUGACGGUUUCAGUACAGAUACAGAAAAACCUGGAUUGCAGUGUGUAAUGGUGUUUGGUGAUGUUCAUUAGUGCUACUACUGAUCAUUAAUGAAGAAAACCCUUAUCAGCUGAUUUAUACUCAGAUAUCGAACCGCCGCCGCUGCUGCGCUGUUUGCGAGCACGUAGCGCGCUCUAUCGGCAUUUAGCGGAGUGAGAGACGCACGGGUCGCGCGGGGCAGGGCUGCCUCCCCCUUCUUCAGUUCUCCUGCAACUUCGUAAACGGUGGACGUGUCGCUGCGUGCUACGGAAAAGGAUCGUUCGCGCGGCAACUUUUGACUGUGACAGUGCACGAAGUGUGAAGUGACAAAGAAUGUAUACCGGAUUGCAGUGCCGCAAUAAUUGGAUGCAGUGAUUAUUGGAUCACACAAAUCGGAUUGCAGUGUUUUCUUGGAUUUUGUGUAUAUUUUAAACCUUCCAAACUGGGGAUGCACAAGAUGGAGCUCGGCGACAGCGUAUACGCCGCUGAGCGUAUAAUGAAGAAAAGAAUUAGAAAGAACAAAGUGGAGUACUACGUGAAAUGGAAAGGGUGGAAGCCAAAACACAACACCUGGGAACCGGAGGAGAACAUACUCGACCCGCGGUUGAUCCAGAGCUUCGAGCGAGGCGAGGAGAUGAGGCGGCAAGGUCGAAAGCGGGAGCGGGAACAUUCGCCUUUGGAACGCGCCCGCAGCGGUUCCGAGGAACGCCAUCCGCCGCCCGGCAAGCGCAAGGCCGAGGUGCUCUCCCGGGAAUCAGGCAAGAUCGGGGUUACCAUAACGAUGAGUCCUCCGGCCAAACGCCACGACUCCACCAAACUCAACGGAGUGAGGACUCCUCAUAGCGCUCAACCUCCACCACCCGCGGCGCCGCCGGGUGGAGCUGCCGCCCCGGCCUCCCCAGCCGCGGAAGCCGCCGCACCGAGAACAGGUCCGAGAAGGGCACCGCACUCCCCUGAAGAAGCCGACCCUCACAUGCCUCCCGAACGAGAGAGACGCACUGACUCGCAGCCUACGGCGACUGCGCCGGCUGAACCCAAAGGCGCUCGACCACCUCCCCCUGCACCGCAACCCGAAGACGAGGACUCAUGGGGCGAAGCGCCUGCGAUCCCUCCACCUCCGCCGCCACCGCAACCCCCCCGCCGAAGUGCCGCCUAUUGGAUGGCGCGCUCCCCUGUCGCUGACCAAAUCUUCAUCACGGACGUGACUGUCAACCUUCAAACUGUGACCAUUAGAGAGUGUCGCACCGAAAAGGGUUUCUUCAGAUCUCGAGGACCCAGGCCACAUGAUAUCACGUAAGACAUGAAAGAUGUGAGAACAAUAAUGUACAGUUGUAGAUAGCUAGAACUCGUAUUUAUUUUGUUUAUUUUCCUGGUGGAUGUGUCAAUCAAGACCUAGCAUUGUGAAAACAGAAUUCCUCAAAUAUAGGCAUAAGAAAAAGUGGUUGCUGUGUAGUGUGUACACAAUCCACUCCAAAUUAUUCCAUCUAGUGAACAGGAUCACUGUGGCAUGGCGGUGUGAAGUGUCUUGGUUUUACCAAAACAAAAUAUUGUGGUCAAUUGUUAAAGUAAGAUAUACCUAACUACUUUAUUAUUUGUUGAAAGUAUUGAAUAAAAUAUUGUUUGGUAAUACAUUUAAACAGGCGCUGCCCUUUAUUAUAUUUUUGUAAAGCUAUCAAAUUAGUUUAUGAGUAAUGAAUAAGGUGUAUAGCCAAGGGGUUUUUGUAACUUGGUUAUUUUGUUGCGGCCGGGUUGUUUGAUACAUAGUUAAAUGUAACUAAAGUUAAAAAUACUAUAGAAAAAAUAACCAUUUGUGUAAAUUUUCGCAUUCUACUAUGUUUUUGAGGUAACAUUGACUUUAUAAUAGUCAAAUUUAACUAUGUAUCAAACAAUAUGUAUUGAUAGAGGUUUCAUAGAAGCACCGAAAUAAAUAAUUCUAGGCCCUGUGCACCGGUAUUCUAGAUGCGUACAAAUACAAUAAAUAUUUUUAUAUCUUCAUAUUUAUUCCGCAUACGAUAUUUCUUAAGAUAGAUAAAGAAAAAGCUGUACUUGCUCAUGAAAAAUUUGCGGCACUGAAGUUAGCCACGAGUAGAAGCGGACAAAUUUGACACAGGAAUAUUUGGCACAGAUUCUGGCUAUCUUCCGAGCCGGAAUCUUCAAUGGUCUCUAAACAGUGCAAUGUUUCCCCCUAUCAAGUGAGCUUACUAUGUAUUUGACAGAAACCAUCUGAAUGUACGAAUCUCUCCCAAACCUUAUUUUUAUUGAAGAAAAUAACACUGUAUUAUUCACAUUUCCUUUUAUUAUUGUUGUUGUUAUUUAUAUGAAUUUGUUUAGCAUCCCAUUGUCCUGUAAGUUGUUUAUAUUUUGUCUGUAAUAAACAAAUUUAUGUAAUAACUUGUUUAAACCUCAGAAUAAUUUACUGACUUUUUUCAAGAGUUUGGUUAUUGAAUACAAGAAAUGAGUACAAAUGAAAUUUUACUAUACUAGGUACCUAUGUAGUUGUUUUAAGUCAUUACAUUAACUAACGAAAGACUAUGUACAUAAAAAAUUACUAUGACUAUCUGGACGUAGCUAUGCAAACUGGAUUCAUCAUAAUAGGGAUGAUGACUAUUUCUUUUUUCUUCGUUUAUCAGGUAGAUAGAUUAUCACAAAGUAUUGGACACGUAUUUUUUCUUUUUUCACAUAAUAUAAACAUUGCAGAGACAUAUUGAUUUGAAAAGUCGCAUGACGCACGUUUUGGUACAAUUUUCACUUAAGUGACGUCACGAGCCCCUACUCCCAAACUUUGACGCGCUAUAACUUUGUCAUUUUUGGUUGAUUGCCCAAAGAAAAAAUACGUGUCCAUUUUUUUGAUCAUCUAACUGACGGACUAAAUAGAAUUUCGUUUACUGUACUCCCUCAUCACCUCUAUUCUAUUAAGGAUAAAUAAUUUUGAUUCUGGAAAUAUUAACUUCUUAAGUAUUUUUUAUAAUAAUUUAUGUUUUGAUUCAAAUUGCUAUGACUUAUAUAAGUAAAUACAAUGUUAUAAUUUGAUAGAUUUAUCAAAUAAGUACCUAAGUGGAUCCGCUUUGUAUAACUUCAUGCAAUUGCUAUUGAAAAUUUAGCUUAAGUGAAUCUCCUCCAUGUAUGUACUGUGUUAGCCAAAAAUCAAACUCUUGAAGUACAGUAUAAUUUUUAUUAUUUAUAAUGAUGGUUUAUAAAAUGAACUGAUUGUUUCCUGUACAUUUAAUACAAGCUAAUAAGUUAUUUUAAACUAUUUUAGUUUUAAUGUGAUUUCGGACACAUGAUUUGUGUUCCUUGAUUUUAUUGUUAUUUAGUUCCUGUAUUGAUAGAAAAGUGAUAAUUUUUUAUGAUAAAGUGGAGCUGUUCAGUUGUAAUUGCAUUUUGUGUCAGAAAAAUGGUGACACUGUAUAUAAUUGUACAUAGUUUUUAGAUAGUAGAACACACGUUUUUUAUAAUGUGAUAGUCCCCUCACAUUGUAGUCUGUAAAUAAAUGAGAAUGUAUUAGA